UGAACCAGUUUCCGUGAAGCUGCCUGCCUAUCAACAAGCGGAGAGAAGAGCACCAAGAAACGGACGGUGGUAAUGGAGUUAAUAGCUCUUCACAUUUCUCCGGCGUUACCCAGAGAGUGUUUCUUAACGGCCAAAGAUAGCAAGCCUUCUGCUUUCACUCACAACGUUCGAAACCGUCACGGAAAAUCACGGUUCCGAUUCCAAGCUCGGAAAGCUGGCUUCCGGAGCUGGAACCCAAACAUGAUUUCAAGGGUAGACUUAAUCCAACAAGUACUUGAAAGAGAUAGUUUCAUCGAAGAUUGGCAAGAACUAGAAGAAGAAAUAAGCGGUGUCGAUUCGUCUUUUUUGUAUUUGAGUGAAAAGCCAGAUAGGAACAUGACUUUGCUUGACGAUUACGAGUUGGAAGAGCUUGAUUUUUCUUCUUCAGCAAACCAUCGCAGCGGGUAUGUGGCUGUUCUGGGGAAGCCCAAUGUUGGGAAGAGCACACUUGCUAAUCAAAUGAUAGGUCAAAAGCUAUCUAUAGUUACAGAUAAACCCCAAACCACCAGGCAUCGAGUUCUUGGUAUAUGUUCAGGCCCAGAGCAUCAGAUGAUUUUGUAUGACACUCCAGGUGUUAUGAAGAAGAAAAUGCACAAGUUGGAUUCUAUGAUGAUGAAGAAUGUCCGAAGUGCUGCCUUAAAUGCUGAUUGCGUACUUGUUCUUGUUGAUGCAUGUAAAGUGCCUGAAAAUAUCGAUGACGUGCUAGAAGAAGGCUUAGGAGAUAGCAAGUGUACACUGCCCACUCUACUGGUUUUGAAUAAGAAAGAUCUGAUAAAACCUGGUGAAAUAGCAAAAAAGCUUGAGUGGUAUGAGAAAUUUACUGAUGUAGAUGAGGUCAUACCUGUGAGUGCAAAGUAUGGACAUGGGGUAGAUGAUAUCAAGGAUUGGAUACUGUCAAAACUUCCAACCGGGCCACCUUACUAUCCAAAGGACAUUGUAAGUGAACACCCGGAAAGGUUCUUUGUAGCUGAAAUUAUCCGAGAAAAGAUAUUCAUGCAGUAUCGGAACGAGGUUCCUUAUGAAUGUCAGGUAAAUGUGGUGAACUACAAAACAAGGCCAAAUGCAAAAGAUUUCAUACAAGUAGAAAUUGUUGUUGAGAAAGACUCCCAGAAAAUCAUCCUAAUUGGAAAAGGAGGGAAAGCUCUAAAAAUACUCGCGACAGCUGCUCGGAUUGACAUAGAAGAUUUCUUACAGAAGAAAGUCUUCCUUGAGAUUGAAGUGAAAGAAAAAGAGAAUUGGCGGCAAGAUGAAGGGCUUCUGAAAUACUAUGGCUAUGGAGGGCAAAUUCGAGCACUAUAACAACGUCCCACAUUCAGCACAGGUUAUCGUAUAAUUUAUUUGAGUAGUUUUAUGAAAAAUGUUUGAAUCAGUUUGGACUAAAAGUUGGGUUCAAGAAAUGCCUCCGGUUUCAUAUUCCUUCUUUUAUGCAAUUUUGUUAGCCCACGUUUAGGAUACCAUCACGAAAGGAUAUCGCCAAAUAAUUAUAAUUAGGAAUUGAUAUGUAAAUAUGUAUUGUCAAUUUUUUAUAAUAAAAAUUCGGGGUGUAAAUGAACAUGACAUCCGGUAAACCGUUUGGUGGUUGGUCAUGGUUCAAGUAUAAAGGAUAUCGCCAAACAAGAGCUUUUUUCAACAGUGAUAUUAUUGCAGGGCCCUACUGUAACAUCCCAAAAACUAGGUUA